AUUAGAGAAACUGAUAAUGAUAUGCAGAGUAUUCUUUGCAUUUCUAUGUGACAAGUGAAUCUUCUUUCUUUUCUCAGGUUGCCGAUUUUGGACUUGCAAAGUUAACAUCUGAUGUUAAUACUCAUGUCUCUACUAGAGUGAUGGGAACUUUUGGGUACUUGGCUCCAGAAUAUGCAGCUUCUGGAAAACUUACAGAAAAGUCUGAUGUAUUCUCCUAUGGAGUAAUGCUCCUAGAGUUGAUCACUGGACGCCGGCCUGUUGACUCUAGUCAAACAUACAUCGAUGAUAGUUUAGUUGACUGGGCAAGGCCUCAGCUUACACGAGCUCUUGAAGAUGAGAAGUUUGAUUCCCUUAUUGAUCGACGUUUAGGAAAUGAUUAUAACCAUAAUGAGGUAGCUCGGAUGGUUGCUUGUGCUGCUGCUUGUGUGCGUCAUUCAGCAAGACGUCGGCCACGCAUGAGUCAGGUAGUCAGAGCUCUGGAAGGAGAUGUGUCUCUGUCCGAUCUUAAUGAAGGGAUUCGACCUGGACACAGCACAGCAUAUAGUUCAUAUGGAAGUUCAGAUUAUGAUGCUUCUCAGUACAGUGAAGACAUGAAAAAGUUCAGGAAGAUGGCAUUAGCAAGCCAGGAAUAUGGUAGCACUGACCAGUAUAGUAAUCCAACAAGUGAGUAUGGUUUGUAUCCGUCUGGAUCAAGCAGCGAAGGCCAACAGACGAGGAAAAUGGAAACUGGUAGGACGAAAAAAGAAAGUAGAGGCUUCAGUGGAAGUAGAGGAUUUAGUGGAAGCUCUUGACGCAAGAUACGGAUUUCUGUGUAGUCUCUUCAGGCUGAUUUUUUUCUUUAGCCGGAUAAAUGCUUCUGCAGUUGCAAAAAUGGCUUGAUAUAUUUUUUACUAGGUCAACGUACAGAUUAUUUCCUUCUAUUUUUUUUAAGUCAUCUUCCCCAUUGUAUCUAUAAUGGCUUUAUACAAGAGAGAUGAGUUAUGCUGUUGAUUCUUUAA